CAAAAUGGAACCUGUGGUCCACACCCUUUGCACCUUCUUUUCUACCUUUCUGCUUCAUAUAAACUCUCCCUCCUCUGUCACUUCAUUGCUCCCAAAACUCAAGGUUCUACCAUUUUCACUUGCCCCUCCGUUAUCUUCUUCCUCAUUGUCACCAACACCUCUUUGUUAACUCUCACAAUGGAGGCCAGGACUAUUGUUGAGAGGAAGAGAACAUUGAUUGAGAAGGUGAGAAAGAAUAGCACAGUUGAAGAAGAAGUGGAAAAUGAAGUAGAAGAGGAGGAUGAAAGUGGUGUUGGUGAUGUUGGUGUUACAGAAGAAGAGAAGAAGAAAGUUGGUGGUGGGAGAAGAGGGUCAAGUGGUGGUGGUGGAGGGGUUUCUCCACCUUCAUGUCAAGCAGAGAGGUGUGGAGCUGAUUUGACUGAUGCUAAGAGAUACCAUCGCCGCCAUAAGGUGUGUGAGUUUCAUUCCAAGGCUCCUGUUGUGGUGGUUGCAGGGCUGAGGCAGAGGUUUUGCCAGCAAUGUAGCAGGUUUCAUGACCUGGGGGAGUUUGAUGAAGCUAAAAGAAGCUGCCGGAGACGCUUGGCCGGACACAAUGAACGGCGCCGGAAAACCAACCCAGAAGCUAGCAAUGAGGGCAGCAGCAGCCACAACAAAGGCCAUCACCCCAAGGAAACUCACUGCAGGCUUGCUGAUGAGAGGGGAAGGAUUCAGACAAACAUACCAGGGAGUUCUGGCUAUAAAUCUUUCAAUAUCAGAUGAAGCCAAAUUGUUCAGCCAAGCUCCCUCUCUUCUGUCACCCUACGGUUUCUUACAAGCCAAGGCAUUUAAUAAAGACCACUUUGAAUGUUUACCAGAACAAGAAUUUAACUCAUUAAAAAUUAUAACAUCCAAAGUUGGUGUGUCUUAUGCUAUGUAAGCUAGUUCCCCUGGAACUCUAUGUUUACCUAUUUAGUGAGUGUCUUUUGAUUCUGUGUCCCUUACUAUUAAGUGUUCCAUGAAUGCACCUAUGAACGUUGUACCCUUAUCUUCCACUGGAUUAGAAUAAAAAGCAAUUGCUUCUUU